CCAGCUGAUGAGUUCCCCUUCCACAGGGAAGUGAUUUGUUCUUGUUCAAACUCAAAGUUCGUCUUUCCAAAAUUGAGUCAUCCGUUCCAUGACGUUUAAAAAUAAAAGUGUUGUAAUUUUAUAAUUACAAAUUUAGUCUGUAAAUUAAUUUGUUAAAUUGAUUCAUAGUUGUCAUAAAUAGGCUUGGUUCUAUUUUAAAACAUGGCAAUGGAUGGAAGUGGAUUUUCUGGAAACAAUGAUCUUGGUGUUCCAAAUGGAUCACGGUCUGCAUAUGAUAAAACCAAUAAACGGCUACAAGAAUCACAGGCACAAGUAAAUGAGGUUGUUGGCAUCAUGAGAGUGAAUGUUGAAAAAGUCCUUGAGAGAGAUACAAAGCUUACCGAACUGGAUAACAGAGCUGAUGCAUUACGAGAAGGUGCCUCCCAGUUCGAGCAACAUGCAAACCGUCUGAAGAGAAAAAUGUGGUGGAAAAACGUCAAGAUGAUGAUUAUUCUGGGAGUGAUUGGGGGAGUUUUCUUGAUAAUUUUCAUCGCUGCUUUGUCAUUGCCAAGACAUCGUACAAUACCUAGCGAUCAUCACGAAUUUGUCUAUCAUUCGCAAUUUCUCAUGGAUAGUAUCGGCUUUUGAAGAUACAACUGAAAACAAUAAAAACUGAUGGCAUCUGCAAUCAACUCACCUCUACUAUGUAUGUAUACUUUGAUUGGAUUGAACGUGAACAUUCUGGAAAUGAAACCACUUCAAGCGCCUUACUUAUGUGAUAUAAGUUGAGUUGAAUUACUAUGAAUCACUGGUGUAUGUAAAUAUCAAAGUAUAAUUCUUCAUCAAAUCAUUAUAAACUUAUGUUUUAAGAUUGUAUUAAGUUGUAUUUAUAUUUUUCCAAUGUUUAUGUCCACUUAUUGAUUCUUAAUGCUUAUCAUUUAUACUGUUAUCCAGCCCACUUUCAAAGAGUAAUUGAUAAUGUCUUUUCCUGUAUUAUUUUUGUGCUUUGAGUUUAAUUUCUUGUCACAUGCAUAAUUUAUUCCAUUGUCUGUUGAUCAUUAUAAUACAUAUAUGUAAUAACUUAUAGUGCCUUUUAUACAAGCGAUGUAUCUUUUAAAAUAAUAUAUAUUGUUACAUUGUUUCUUAUUCGCAGAAUAUAGCUAAUAAAAAUAUUUAUUUUAAAA